AUGGGACUUGUCGUGAAUCUUUUGAAUGUUUCUCUGAGCUACGAAGUCGUGUGCUUGUCGUUCAUACUAUUGCCGUUUACCGAACAUAUGAAACCGAUAUAUAUCCUUAGCCGUAUUGUAUGUACUGUUUUACUGUGCUUCACCUGCUACAUUAUACUCAAAUCGGACAUGCGUAUUGACAGUCAGACGUUGAGUUAUGGCAAUUGGACGGACGUUUUCCAACUCUUUGGAACCAUUUUGUUCUCUAUCAUACCCGUUGUCCAGGUACUUAGAAUCGAAGAAGGAUUGAUCAAACCAGAGAAUUUCGUCAGGCCAUGUAAUCUUUUGAGCAUGUCAAUGGCUGUAAUGACAAACGUGUACAUUGUAAUUGGACUGUGUGCAUAUUUGGAUAAUCAAGACAUACCAAUAGUUAUUGGAAAUUCAAUAUCUAUAUUGAAAAUCAUACCAGCUAUCAGGUGCCGGACUAUCAUCAAGUCGUGCGUCGCUGCAAAUAUCAUAUUUUUUCACAGAGAAUUGUGUUUAGAGUCGGUGAUGUUGUGGUGGUCGUCCAUCAAGGUGACGAAAGUUAAAAGUCAUAAAGAAAAGCAUCAACAGCCGUUUACCACAUACUUGUCACCGCCCGUUUUUGCGGGACUGAUGGCAGUCUCCAAAAUCUUUUACACGGUCUGCUCGUUUUUGGUUACCACCUCAGUGCCGUCGCCGGUGACCAGCAGCUUCCAAGCGAUGGUGGCGCUCAUCGGCUACCUGGGUAACGCGUGCAACAUGCUGGUCUACCCGUACGCCGUCGAGCUGUGCGUGACGUACGCCCUGCACGGUAUGUCGGCCAGGCCGUACGUGAUCGCCAAGGACGUGUGUUUCGUCGUCGUCGGUUUGUCGGUGUUCGCGUGCGGUACGUACGCGGUCGCGGCGCGUUUAAUUCGCGACGGCGACUGA